AUUAGUACUAAUGUUCUGUAAUUGAUUUUUAGAACUUAGUUUAAUGUUUUGUAUCCCGCCAGUCUGCCAAGUUCAUAAUUCAUCUAAACUUCCGGCAGGUUCCACGUCUGACAUAUUCGUAGUAUAAUUGCCGUGUUCUUCUCUCUCUGUAUAUUGAGAGUUAUUUGUGAGAUGAAUAGUUAAAAGAAGCAGAGAUGGGACCAAGUGGCAGAGUAAUCAGUGAGGCUGUUGGAGGAAGACUACUGAAAAACUGACCAGUGUUUCACAAGGCUGCAUAGAAAAUGAGAGCAAGAGAAAGAUUAAGAUCAAUGACUUCGAGAAACUAAAUGAGGGAAAUUCCAGUUGCUUGUAUGACUGUUUAAAGAUAACAUCUAGCCAGGCUGUUGUCCCCAAUAUGGAAUCAGAGGGGAAAGGUGGUGAGGAUGAGGAGAGCCUGCAGAUGGCAUUCAAAAAACUUAAAGUGGACUCUGAACGUGCUGCGCCUGCAUCUGUCCACAUAAACACUGAAACAGCUACUUCAAGGACAUCAAUACGAGGCAGCCCUGAUGGAGCUAAACCCAGGACAGUAUGUUCUUCCAAAGAAAGCUGGCAUGGCUCUACCAGAAAGCCACCGCGUGGCGCCAUCAGAACGCAGCGGAGAAGACGUUCCAAAUCGCCAAUUCUUCACCCUCCUAAAUUUACUUAUUGCAGUUCUACAGCACCUGCAGCCAGCUCUCAGGUGAAACACGGCAACCAAACAGAGCCUUACCAGGGCCUUGCUGUUCAGCCUCCGAAAGAGUGCUGUAAGGCCGGGCAGCCUGACGCUGUGUUUGGUGCUAAAGUUCCCACUGUCUUCUCACUGGAGUCUUCGGAAGAAUCUGCCAGUGUAAACGGCACCAAAUCAUGCACUGACUCCCCAUCCGAGUCCCCCAAACUGGCAGCGGCCGCAGCAGCACUGGAGUCGAGCCAGGAGUCUAAGCCCACGUCCGACUUCCAGUCUCUGUCGAAGCUUCACCAGACCGACCUGUGCCGUUGCUCGCAAGAGAAGGAAUGCCGCUGCAAGCGGUGGCAAGACGUCGAGGUAUACUCCUUCACCGGGCUCCGCAGUGUCAUAUCCGAGUGUGAGAGGGGCGCAGCCGAGGCUGGCCGGCACACGUCACCUUGCCGAAGAACUCAGCCGGGCUCCGGGGCCACAGGUUCCCCGCGUUCCUGCUCUGAGGAGGCCAGGGCAUUUGUUGAAGACAUCACCAUCGAAGACCUUUCAGGAUAUAUGGAGUAUUACCUGUACAUCCCCAAAAAAAUGUCACACAUGGCAGAAAUGAUGUACACUUAAAAGAAGGAUUGCACCCUCAAUGGCUGAUUUCAAACUAAUGUGACUGGUGUGAAAACAAAAGUUGGAAGGAAGACUGGCUUAGAUGAAUUAUGCAAGAAUUGAUUUCUUUAUUGUUUUGAUUUGACUUCUGAAGUAAUUUCUUUUCCCUGCCUCUCGCCCACUUCUCCCUUUUUUUUGCCCCUUGAUGUAGUUUGGAGCCUUCACGAGUGUCACGUGAAAAUAUGAAGCUGUUGGUCCAAUGUGCGUGUUUAGGACACAGGCUUAAGAUGUCUGAAGUUAACUGUUUACAUAAUAAAGUCAGCAAUCAAAUUAAUCAGAAAAAUGUUCUUGCGUUCGCACUAUAUCUACAGCAGAGAAAAUUGUUUUUUGCACAAAUUUUUUAAAAAAUGGAGGCUUUGAAAGAAACUGUAGGGUACAACUUUGGCUGGAAUUCCUCUAACAGAACAGUCUAAACAACCCUUGGCUGGAAUGUUAAGGCUGAAUUGCCAUGUAAUUUAAACAUGGUAAUAUUGAGUGUGACAGCCAUUUCUAAUGCAUUCUCUUUGAGUGUAAAAUCUAGUGCCACCCUAACCUUGUACUUUUCUCCUCUCUGAACGGAGUGGUGAUGGAGUAUUGCUCUCCAGUUUAUUCACAAAGGUGUACUCUGUCUUCAGUAGCAUGGAUCACAAGUGUUUUCUGAGCUGGAUGAAAGACCAAGGGGUAGAAAUUCACCCUGUACUAAACGAGUAGAAACAAUAGUGGCCACACGUUGUACUCUACUUCCAAAAAAUCAGGCCUAUGGACUACAAUGGAAUUGAAUUUUGGAAGCAGACAAUGCAAAGUCAGUGUUAUUUGGCAUAACUGGCUACUUGCAUUCUUCAGAAUUACUUUGUACACAACUCUAAUUUAUUGGAACACCAAUCCAUUUUGAAGAGACCUUGGCUAAUGUCAGCUGUUAAUGAUAGGUAUUUAGAAUCAGAAUCUGGUUUAUUAUCACUGACUUGUAUAUUGUGAAAUUUUGUUUUGUGGCAGCAGUACAGUACAAAGACACAAUUACUAUAAAUUACAAAAUAGUGCAAAACAAAGGAAUAAUGAAGUAGCAUUCAUGGGCUGUUCAGAAAUCUGAUGGCAGAUAGAUUUAACAAUCCAAAAAAAACUGCAGAUGCUGGAAAUCCCAAAAGAAACCACUGAAUGCUGGAAAUGAUCAGCAGGUCAACUAGUCUGGAGAGAAGCAGUAACUGCUUUUUCCCUUCACUGUAGAUUCUGCCUGACCUGUUGAGCAUUUCCAGCUCUUUUGUUUUACAUUAUGACUAUUUAAAAUCUUAACAGCCAAUUGACCUUUGAUUUGAGGCUCUACCAGUUGUUUACACUAGCUGGAUACUGUGAUUUGGAAUUACCUGAUGGCUGUGACCCAAACUGAUUUGUACCCUUCAGGUUUUUUUCUUGAAAUAGUUGCUUACUGCACUAGCUUGCUAAGUCAUUGAGUAGCUGAAUGAUGAAACCCAAGUAUAUUGAUCCCUUCCUGACCCAUUAAGGUAGAUGAUCUUAAAUGGGAAGUUCCUGACCCAUUAAGGUAAACUAUCUUAAUUGGGAAGUGGAUAAAAUGCUGCAGCUGGCCCUUGCACUCCCGGGUUGUAUGUGUGUGCUUGUGGGUGUGUAUAGAGAGUGGGGAAUUGACUUGCAGUUAAUUAUUCACCUGGGUUGUGAAAGAGAAAUUUGGUAGGUUAACAGAACUUCAGUUUUGAGGAAGUGAACUAUUUAAAGCUAAUCUAUUUUGGAGAAAACAAAGCUUAAAACAUCUCUGAAACAGACAAGACUGGAGAGCUCUUUUGGAUUGACUCAAUCACAGAUUGUGCCAUAUCUGUUGAAUUUAAUUCUUUUAGAUUUCUUUACUUCAACAGAAGAUAGUGCAUUGAGUAUUAAAAUGAUCCUUCUGGUAGGAUUAAAGUGGAGGUAAUCCUAGAAGUUCUGAAGUAGGAUGAGUACUCCUUAUAUUGUUUACUGUCUUUUUGCACACCAAACAAAAAUGGAUGAUUCAAAUCAGUUUGAAUCAGUAAAACAGAAUUUAGCAGUGGGAAAGGAUAGAAGACUUACUGCCUCCAAAGAUCUAACUUAAAAUCUUAUUUAACUUGGAAUACAUUUUAGUUUUACUUCAGUUAGCAACAGUGGUCAAACAGCUAAUGUGAGCUUCUGCUUGCUGAAGUCCUCGGUUCCUGACGUACUGGCUGUGGUUUGACUGCCCAAUAGGUGAAGCACUUAAAACAAACGUUGAGGCAAUGCAGGUAAUUUACUUUCGCAAAGUGGAUGUUGCUUACAAAGCCAACUCCAAGCUGCACUGAAUCGGAGAUGGAUAAUUUGGUGCAACAGAUUGGAGGCUUGUUGAAGACGGAGGGUAGUUCAGAGUUGGCCACAACAUAGCUUCUCUCAAGUUCUAAAUUGAAAAGUAGCUUGUCACAUGUAAUAUUUGCAAGCUUGUACAAGUCCAUAUAUAAAAUUAUCGUUUGCUGUGCCUGUACAUGGCACCAUUCUGUUCUGGUUUGGAGGCCAUUUGUUAUUUAAAAAUAAAACCUCAGCAUGAUUAACACUGUUAACAAUUGUGCCAAACUUACACUAAAGUAAAUUCAGGAAAUGACCAUUUUGACUGGCGGCAGAGGUUACCAUUUGGCUUCAAACACAUUAAUUUAGAUAUUGAUCAGGGAUGGAAAUAAGGUUUUUCUAAUAACAAUACUGCCAUUUUUGAAAUGUAUCACAGCUGAAGUUUCAUAUAGCUGUUUAAAGAUGUAUGCUACCUAAUCCUGUGAUCCAUUGCAACUUGAGCACUGCAUCCCUCUCCUUGCUGUAUGUUUUGAAAUGUUAUUGCAUUAAGUAAAAUAUGUUGCAGUUCCAUCCCUGGGUGUUGCCAUUUGCAUAUGCAUGACUUGUUUAUUUUAGUAGAUCCCAGAAAUUAUAUUUGGACAAGUAUGCUGAAAAACCAGAUCUUGCAAAAAUAAAGCUGCAAUGAUGCUCGUAAUCAAGUGUUAUGGCUUGAUGUAUUCACUGAACCUCGCGGUAAAGAUUGAUACAUCGUGAUGUCCAUUUCAACAGUGCAAAAUGUGUAAUGUUUCCUGAAUUAUAAAAUUUGCUGCUUAUUGUUAAAUGUUUGGGGAUUUUUGUUAGUUAUGUCAAUUUCUCUGCCCUCCAUCCCAUCACUGCAUACAAACCUGUACAUCGCCAUACAGAUUCAAGGUAAACUCUCAUUGUGUAGAGAUGCUUGCUUUAUAAUGGGCUGUUAAAUCUUUCUAAAGUUCAUCCCUGCUGACGGUUACCUUUACAAGUCUGAGCUAGAGCCUGCAUUAGUUAUCCAUAUGCUUGCCUCCAGAGGUGUGUGGAUCCUAACCCUACGCCAAGAAUUGAGCACGUAACCUCACAACUGUGAUGGACUAAGUGGACAUAAUGUUCAAAAUGGGUGUUGGGAUGUUGUUGAGGAUGUAUACAAUGGAUAAAAUGAGUGGAUAAGUCUUAAUUCCAUCUGUUUUUAUUAAUUUCAAAAGGAAAAAAUAACCUAGGACCUUGAGGCAAGUUCAUGGUGAAAACCUCUGUGGCCAAAUGAGAAAAUGAUAGCUGCAUGUAUAUACUGUACCAUUCUGAACUGUUUCAUGGUAGGAUCACAUUGGAUUGUAUUGUCUAGGUUCUUAGUUUUAAACAGAUAAUUGGAUGUGCCAGAAUUCUACAAAGACUGUCAAACCCUGUUUUGAAUGUUAACAAAUUCUGAAGCUAAUACCAUGUUCCCAUGCUGCAGUGAGUAUUUUAUGCAUCAAAACCUAUGAUGUUCUUUCCAAUAAAGCCACAUGUAA